UCGCUUAUUAUUUUACUUUUCUAUAUUUUAAUAUCUACUAAGUAUGGUGAAUUAAUGAUGUUCAUUUUUAUGUUAUCUUAUUUAGUACAAAAAUUAAAUUAAAAAUGGAGUCAGAAACUAAGCGUUUAAGCCCGUUUAUGAUACAAUGUUUCGUGAGUGCCGGCGUGACCUUCAACAUGGCGGGCAUGGGGCUGGUGAUGGGAUUCGUCACUGGUCUACUGCCCCAGCUGCGGAGACCCGACUCCAUCAUACAAAUCGAUGAUGCAUCAGCUUCUUGGAUAGCAUCAAUACCAGGAUUCGCGGUCAUCGUCGGCAAUGUCAUCGCUCCCAGCAUCAUGGGCACAUCAGGGAGGCGUAUCGCCAAUCUUUGCAGCUUGGCAGUCUCCGCCGGCGGCUGGCUUUGUAUUAUCUUCUCCAACACAGUCCACAUCCUCUUCCUCGCCCGGUUCCUCCAAGGAAUGGGAAUCGGCAUGAUCGCAGCCCUUGGACCCGUCCUCAUCGCCGAAUAUACCAGCCCAAAAAACCGCGGUCUCUUCCUCAUGUCCAUAUCUGUCAAUGUAAGCGUAGGAGUAUUCGCCAUCCAAACAUUAGGAGUGUAUUUUCAUUGGAAAACGUGCGCUUUGAUCUGUAUAGGCAUAAUUUUGUUUACUGCACUGUUAGUUUUAUUGUCUCCGGAGUCGCCAACUUUUUUAGCUGAUAAGGAACGGUAUGACGAGUGCAGGAAGACAUUUAUGUACUUGAGAGGUGAUUCGGAGAAUGAAGAAUUGGAGAAGAUGAUAGAAGCAAGAAUGUUAGCGAAUAAGGAACAGAUAGAUGAAGUUGAGACGAUAAAGGAGAAAGUGUUAUCAAAGGUGAAAUAUUUAAGACAGACUCUGAAGAAGAAAGAGUUCUACAAGCCGAUAUUGAUAAUGUUUCACGUUUUCACAAUGGCGCAGUGGAGCGGGGUAAAUAUAUUGACGUCGUUCACAACAGAUUUGUUCGAGAAUGUAAUAGGUUUGGAUUCAGGGAUGAAUAUACCUUUGAUGAUUGUUAUAAUCGGGGUGCUAAGGAUUAUAGAGAAUUUCGUGGGAAUGGUUUUCAUAAAGACUUUGAAACGGAGAGUGAUGUUGUUUUCGACAAUAGGGCUUAACAUCUUUGGGCUGUUGGCUGUAGCCGCUUUUACAUAUGCGAAAGAAAACGACUGGGUCUCUUUUACUCCAACAGUUGGUUUAUUAUUGAUUCAUGUCCACAUGUUUUCUGUGGCAACUGGAGCUAUACCUUUGAGUUAUGUUCUGUCUGGAGAAUUGUUCCCGAUGGAGUAUAAGGGACUCUGCGGAGGCAUCAGCAUGUUGUUCUUCUCUCUGAAUCUCUUCGUCAAUAUGAAGACUGUGAUCUUGUUGUUCAACUUAUGGGGUAUUUAUGGAACUUAUUGCCUUUACGCUGGCGUGCUGUCGUACUGUUUAGUUGUGGUUGGAGUGCUCUGUCCUGAAACUAAAGAUAGGACGCUCCUAGAUAUAGAAGAAGAAUUUAGAGGUAAAAAAAAUUAACUGUUAGAAAAACGACUUGCAUAGUUUAUAAAUUUCUUAUUUAUGAAUUAAAGGAAAACAUUCUCAUAAUUGA